UGUCUCUUGUUUCGACAUCUCGCUAGACGAUAGUUGCUCGUGCUUGAGCUGUCUAUUUCUUUUCUUCGCGAUUUUUGUUUCCUUUUCUCUAUUCUGUUUGGUUCCGUUCUGUUUCGUUUGAUUAUAGUUCUUGUUGCCGUAUCGUCUUUCUGUAGGGGUUGAAACCGAUCGCUAUAUAUACAUACCAUACUAUAUUCUAUCGCUCUCUCCAUCUGGUCUAUCCCUACAUCGCUAUGGCUUCCGAAAACAAAGGCCCGGUUCUUCCGACGUACUCCGAAUUUGAUCCCCAUGAUCUCGAGUACCGACGGUACAUGAAAAAGAUUCAUCUGGUUGAUAGCGCUCGUGUUGGUCUCACUGGAUUCGCUCUCCUAUGUGGUCUUACUGUCCUCGGUACCUCUGCCGACACUUUGGCUGUAUACAAUGCAACUCACCUAUCGGGUGAUUUUCAUUUACCAUUAUGGCCCGAUCAGUUCGACAUUCGACCCACGGUAGUGCUCGUUAUUGGAAGUAGUAUUGUGGUCUUUGCGCAUAUCGUAUCCUUGAUAUUUAGCAAGGUCAAGGCACUUCGCAACAAGACCGCUGUCCACACAUCCUUAUCUAUGGCUGCGCCAUUCGUUGGCUUCACAGCCGUCAUGAUCAGCAUGAUAUUCUUCUACGCUGUCAAUACCUCGAUUACGAACGAUACGCUUCAGAGCUGGAGUUGUCAAUGGAAGGUCGCGAGCAUGAGCGCAAAGCCACACUUCGGUACCUUGUGCGACGAAAGCCGGACGGCCUUAUACCUAUCUGUCAUAUUGGUGCCGGUCGAGCUAAUCGUCUUUACCGUCGCUGGCUAUCAAUCGAUCCUAGAGAGGAAGUCAAUUGGUGUAAUGCCAUCUCGUAAGGUUGGUAGCCCCACGCCAUCAUCGUAGGGCAUUAUCAGACCCUAAGCAGCUCCAACCCGGUUCUCAAUCUGCAAUGGGCUGCAUGUCAAGCUCUAUAAAUGAAAAUGACCCCCAUGCUAGUCUAUCGGAGCCGGGUUGCGCUCCUAAGAGUUAGAUAAGGUGGGCAAGAUGGGAUGCGAAACGACAAGUGCAGCCGGAUUGUGGUUGCGAUCUGUAUAACAAUUGUAACAAGGCAUUGAAGAGGUGUGGCGACGCAAUUCACGUUAUCUGAGUCGGUUCUGCGUGUUGACGUUCUAGGUCAUCUCGUUAUAGAUACCAUGGGCAGACUGAUUGGUGCAAUAUUUCGGAUCUCGGUAGCGCAUAAUAAGAUUUAAUUCGGAUUUCACCUUGCAGACCGUGUUCUU